UAGAGCAGUGUAUAAGGAAGUUUAAGUGUUUGGUUCAGUGUGUGUGUGUUUGUGUGUGUGUGUGUGUGUGUGUGUGUGUGUGUGUCUGUGUGUGUGUGUGUGUGUGUGUGUGUGUGUGUGUGUGUGUGUGUGUGUGUGUGUGUGUGUGUGUGUGUGUGUUUGUGUGUAUGUGUGUGUGUGUGUUGGUUGGUUGUGUGUGUGUGUGUGUGUAUGUGUGUAUGUGUGUGUGUGUGUGUGUGUUGGUUGGUUGGUUGUGUGUCCGCCUCCCUUUCUUCAUUUCCUGAAUCCAGCUCCUCCGACACACAGCGACAUGGCAGGAAAACGCACACUAAGGAACUAAAAUCUGAAAAUGAAGAGCAAAGCUCGGCUCCAGCCCGCGAUAUUCUGACGACGACACCCACCAAUGGGCCGAGGGUGUUGGCAGGUGCAGGAUGAGUGCUGAGCAGCUAUUGGAGGAGACGCUGAUCAAGCGGUCGCAACAGAAAAAGAGGACGUCACCGCUGAACUACAAAGAGAGACUGUUUGUCCUGACCAAGAACUCACUGACCUACUAUGAAGGAAGAGCUGAGAAGAAGUUCAGGAGAGGCUCGAUUGAUCUGAGUCGCAUCAGAUGUGCCGAGAUUGUCAAGAACGGAGGAGGAGUCAUCCCCUGCCAGAACAAAUACCCCUUCCAGGUGGUGUAUGAUAACAACACUCUCUAUGUGUUCGCUCCGAGUCACGACAGCAGGAGUCUCUGGGUUCAGAGCCUCAAAGACGAAAUCAAAGACAACCAGGUGAUCACGGCCAAGUUUCACCCCCAGUUCUGGCAGGAGGGGGCGUGGCUCUGCUGCCGUCAGGUGGACAAACAGGCUCUCGGCUGUGAGGAGUAUAACCUGUUUGGAGACAUUUCCAGAAAACCGUUACCCCCGAUUCCUGGAGAGGAGGGUAAAGACAGGAAGGUAACUGCUAACCACACACACACACACACACACACACACACACACACACACACACACACACACACACACACACACACACACACACACACACACAGUAGCAUACCACAACCACAGCUAAUACUCCUCCACUUCCUCCUGGUCCUGCAGCGACCGCCCCCUCCUCCUCUCCCACCGGCCCCCGAGGAUGACGAAGACAAUGAUGAAGAUGACGAUGAAGAUGAAAACAGGGAAGACGUGGUGGUGGCGAUGUACGACUUCCCGGCGGCCGAACAGCACGACCUGAGUCUGGUCAAAGGUAGCGAGUACGUUAUCCUGGAGAGAUGCGACGUUAACUGGUUCAAAGCGCGCAACAAGUACGGUGAGGAAGGCUACAUCCCAAGUAACUAUGUAACAGAGAAGAUAUCCGGAAACCUGGUGCAGUUUGUCUGGUACAGUAAACAAGUCAACAGGAACAAGGCAGAGGAACUCCUGAGGAAGGAGGACAAAGAAGGAUCCUUCAUCGUUAGAGACUCCAGCACUCCAGGAACCUACACAGUGUCUCUCUACGUCAAGUCUAUCGGAGGCGAGGGAGGUGCAGCUGUAAAACAUUAUCACAUCAAGGAGACGCAAGGCUCGCCCACACAGUUUUACCUGGCGGAGAAACAUUUGUUCAGCUCCAUCCCCGACCUGAUCGAGUACCACAAACACAACGCAGCAGGUCUUGUAGCCAGGUUGAGGUAUCCUGUAGGAAAACAGGACAAGUCUGCUCCGUCCACUGCUGGCUUCAGCUACGAGAAGUGGGAGAUCAACCCCAGCGAGCUUACCUUCAUGAAGGAGCUGGGCAGCGGUCAGUUCGGUCUGGUGAGGCUUGGCAAGUGGAGGGCUCAGCACAAAGUUGCCAUCAAGGCCAUCAAGGAGGGAGCCAUGUACGAGGAGGACUUCAUUGAGGAGGCAAAGGUCAUGAUGAGGCUAUCUCACCCUAAACUGGUGCAGCUGUAUGGAGUGUGCAGCCAGCAGCGGCCCAUCUACAUCGUCACAGAGUUCAUGGAGCACGGCUGCCUGCUGAACUUCCUCAGGCAGCGGCGGGGCAGCUUCAGCCUCGGGUCUCUGCUGAGUAUCUGCCUGGACGUCAGCGAGGGCAUGGAGCACCUGGAAAGCAACGGCUUCAUCCACAGAGAUCUGGCUGCCAGAAACUGUCUAGUGAAUGACGCUCUGGUGGUGAAGGUCUCUGACUUCGGCAUGGCCAGAUAUGUGUUGGACGACCAGUACACCAGUUCAUCGGGUGCUAAGUUCCCUGUGAAGUGGUCGCCUCCUGAAGUCUUUAACUUCUGCAAAUACAGCAGCAAGUCUGACGUCUGGUCCUUCGGUGUGUUGAUGUGGGAAGUCUUCACUGAGGGCCGAAUGCCAUUUGAACAGAGUCCCAACCACGAGGUCGUUACCUUGGUAACCAAGGGUCACCGCCUCUACAGGCCCAAAAUGGCCACACCUGCCAACUACGAAAUCAUGCAAUGCUGUUGGCACGAGAGACCAGAGGAGCGUCCUUCUUUCUCUCAGCUCUGCAUGAUGAUCUCCGACGCUCUGGAGAGUGACACCCCUCCCCCGAACUGACCAAACUGACCAAUCAGCUGCUUCCACCUCGGUCAUUCCUGUGGUUCUUUAAAGGUGUUAUCUGAUUUACGGCGCUGUAGAACAGGACGACAACAUUGAGAACUCGGUGUAACGGUGCUAAAACUGACGCUCACAUUUGUUUAAUCCAGUCGAGUCACUUCAGAUCUGCUCAACCAGAACAACACUUGGACAGCUGCUCAUGUUUAUAGUUUGUUGCACAAAUCUGACGCCUGUAUGAGCUAGCAGCAAUGAAAACCAUGUGUAAUGGGCUCCAUGAUGGACACUGCCUUCUCCUCUGUGGAGCUCAAACCAUCCGGGUCUACCUCCUAGUCGGACAUGGGGGAGAUCUGUUGGUGACAAAUGGAUAAAAGUGAGCAGUGGUAAACAGUGUCAGCUAACAAAACACACUAUGAAGCUUCACUUUCCUUCCAGUAAGGACUCAGCUGUGUGAAUUGUUCCUGUGACGUUUAAGGAAUGUCACCAAGUCAGGAUGUUGAUUUUUGUUUGUUUUUUAAUGUUCAAAUGUCUGUCAGUAACUGUACCGCAAAUCUGUCGUAAUACGGUGAACAUUAAUAUUAAAGAGAGAAACUGGCUGUCAUUUAACUUUUGGUUACAUUUUUUGAUGAAAACGAACAUUUUCAGUCUGUUCAUCAGGUGUGGCUUUCCCUGUGAAGAUGUCUGGUCUUACAGUAGGCUGACAUCAGAUGAGAUAGAGUGCUUCUCAUUACCUUUUGUUUCACGUCUCCUCGCCUCUCGAAUGUCGCGGGAAUUGUUCUGGUCCAUCAUCAGGAAGGACGUUCAGACGCCUGAGCUGUGCACUGAGCUCUAAAGACUUUUAUCAAACUGACACACCCUUUAUUGGGAAUUGGCAGUGCUUGGAUGCUGCAGCUGAUCUGAUACUACUAAGACUAACAACUAAUUAUUAUUUUCUCCAUUAAUUGAUUAGUUGUUUGGUCGAAAGAUGUCAGAAAAUGGUGUAACACUGUUUCCCGGAGCCCAAAAUGGCAUUUUCAAAUGUCUUGUUCAGAAAAUAUUCACAUUUAAAAAGCUGGAGUCACAGAAUUUGGACAUUUCUUCUCUUAAAAAUUACUCCAAAUGAUUCAUUGAUUAUUAAAAAAACUGAUUGAUUUCAUAGUUCUCAAUUAAUCAGUAACUUACUAAUAAUUGCAGUUCUACGUUGCAGUCCCAGUUUCAUACAGGGACAAAAAACAGAACUUUUUACUUUUCCAUUUACUAAUUGGUUUCCAUACAGUUUAUUUACGCCCUUGCAUAUCUUUCAUGAAACAAAUACUUUGGAUGCUUAUUUCAACCGUCUGUUGUAGCUCUUUAACUCUCUUUUAGUUGUGGUGCUGUUGUAGAAGAACCUACCGUAACCCCCUUCAAUCUGUUCUCAAUGUAAGACUUGUCUGUUUCACAGCACAUCGCUUAAAAUAACAAAUUCUAUGAAUUAGUUCUGAAACUAAACUAUUCUAUGUGUUGUAUUUUCAGUUCUCUAAAAUGGUGAAACAAGUUCAUUUUUUCGUGAGACUGCAGCCUCAGCAUAAUCUUCCACUUUAGUGGUUCAGAUAUGAGCUGAUCUACUAACAAGUAUUGUUUGUGUUUUUAAAG